GAGAGAGAGAGAGAGAGAGAGAGAGUACGGGCAUUCCUCGCAUCCGCGUCCGAGGUCUUCCAAUGCCGAGCUGCGAUCCCGAUCGGAUGGCUUAAUGGCUUGCGACAAUCGCACGAAGGUGUAUCUCGGUUACGAGGACGAGUACGUCACCGACAAGCAUCGUUCCUCGCUCAACUUCACGACGAACAAGAUCGGCGGGCAUCCGAUCUGUUACGGGAAGAACACGUUGUCGUCGCCACAAUGCAGACUCUGCGGCUUGUAUCAGCUCCUGGCGCUCCAGUUGUACGCGCCGUUAGAUAAUUCCAAGUUUCAUCGGACGUUAUACAUAUUCGCGUGCAUCAAUCCAAAUUGCUGGAAUCAAAAUGAGAGCUGGACGUGCUUGAGAAUACAAUAUUUAGAGGACGAGACCAAGAUAAGCGUGCCAGAGUCUGGCAGCGUUAACGUACCAUCCACGACAUCCUGGCUGGCGGACGCGGACGAUUGGGGGGAUAACGUGAACGACAAUGCCUCCGAGCAAAAUGGAAAUAAUAUGCUGGGGAACGAUCCCCUGCAAUUCCACUUUUCCUUGCACAAGGAGAUAGACCAGGAUAUACGAGAAGAGCUGUCUGUGCUGCGCGUGGAUGAUCCAAAUGCAAAUAGUCCAACCAGCAUGGACUCCCCGAUCAGCGGAGGCGCGGUGGGUCGCUUGGAUUCUCCCCUAGCAUCCGCGGAGAUCGACGGGGACGAGAGCGAAGUCGUGUGCAUCGACACUCCGACUCGGCCGCAAUGCGAUCUAGUUAGCUUACUGCACGAGGUAACGCCGUUGCCGCUGCAAAUCACGAGCGGGGAAACCAACUACUCGUUCGUCGAGAUAUUUCUCUCGGUCGACGAGGAGGAUUGCGGUACAGACGUGUCUCAGCACGUUCGGGAUCUGCUGGUCGAGUAUCAGCACAGCAAUCCGGAGGCGUCGCCCAAGUUCACGCCGGAAUCUGGCAAUCCCAAGACCAUCGACACAGAUCUGGAGAAGUACGAGAAAGGUGUUCCCAAGCACGGUGACGAAAUGUUCCACAAUUUCGUUUGCAGAAUACAGAGGAACCCUGGACAGCUGCUACGGUAUUCGAGGGACAAUUCCGCACCGUUACUAUUGUAUCCGCUGAGCGGUUGUAUCGGCAAAUGUCGGCACUGCGGCGACGAGAUGACUUUCGAGCUGCAAGUACUACCGACGAUCAUACCGAAGUUAAUACUGAAUCCGCGAAACGAGCAGCGGAACUCGGCGCCGUUCCAGAUCGAGUUCGGCACCGUUUUGAUAUACACCUGCGUGAGGAGCUGUUGGUCGGCGACCGACUCGUAUCGGGAGGAGCAUAUCGUUGUUCAAGCGGAAAGACUAUAGUCGCGAGGUACCAACGAUAAGGGAAUUAUACGAGUGAAGCCAAGGUUCUUCCAGUGAUCCUACAUAGAGUUUCGUAUUUAAGCGUUUAGGACGAGACUAGUCAUAUUACGUCUUUAGGGAAAUACCGUCCACCUCUUCGUGUGUACAUCAGAAAUCCCGAGUAGAUCGACGUAGCAAAAAAGAGGGAGCGUCGUUGCGAGCAUGUAUUCUCCGGCUGCGUGACAUGUGAUUCGCGAAACGGGAGUCUAGGGAUGCCCGACGUAAAAGGGAAUCCGGUUAAGAGCAUUUAUUUUACUUUUCAACUUUUAGCACGUAAGAUACAACUGUACAAUUGCUACUGAGACGUAUAAAUACAGAAACUUUGGUGGAAC